UUAUUUUUCCAUAGGGCGAAGAUCAUUUUGGGCCAAAAAAGACAAAAGGCAGGGCUCUCCAGAAGAAUCCGUCCGGUGGAAACCCGAACGCCGUUCGUUCCCUCUCGACGAGUCGCCGGCGAAGCUCAGCUCGUCGAAACGAGCAAAGAAUCUCUCCUCCUCCUCCCGCCGCCGCCGCCGCCUCCGCCGCCGCAGCAGCAGCAGUCGAGAUGGCCGUCACUCUGCACACGAAUCUCGGCGACAUCAAGUGCGAGAUCUUCUGCGACGAGGUCCCCAAAGCUGCCGAGAACUUUUUGGCACUGUGUGCCAGCGGGUAUUAUGACAGCACCAUAUUUCACCGAAAUAUCAAGGGUUUUAUGAUUCAAGGUGGUGACCCCACUGGAACUGGCAAAGGUGGAACCAGCAUCUGGGGCAAAAAAUUUAAUGAUGAGAUAAGAGAGUCUCUGAAGCACAAUGCAAGGGGAAUACUCUCAAUGGCUAAUAGCGGGCCUAACACCAAUGGAAGUCAAUUUUUCAUCGCAUAUGCAAAACAACCACAUCUGAAUGGAUUAUACACCAUCUUUGGCAGAGUGAUUCACGGGUUUGAGGUCCUAGAUAUCAUGGAAAAGACUCAAACAGGGCCAGGGGACAGACCUCUUGCGGAGAUCAGACUCAAUCGUGUCACAAUUCAUGCAAAUCCUCUUGCUGGGUAGCCUUUCUUGAUGGGUUUUUUUUCUUAUCUUGAUAGGACUCUUUUACAGUUUUGCUUUAGGUUAGGGAUCCCUGUAAGCUGAUGAUAGAUAUUGGAGAUGGUACCUGUAAGAUUCAAUUACAUCGAACUACCUCAAACCUUGUAUUGGAGCAUUCCAAAUACAAAAGAUCGAAAGAUGCUUGUUGAUA